GAGUGAGUGGGUACAAAGGAGGGGCUGAGUGACUCGGGGCCACAUAGGCAGCAAGGAGCAAGGGGCCUGAGCAAGAGGUACCAUAUUUACCUCAGUGUGUGAAGAUCUUUUGUCCAGGCUGGGGCAGGAGAGAACCUGAGGCCCCUGCAGGAGGUGGGCCAGGGGCCUGACCUUUUUGCAUCUUCAGAGAGUUGGAACAUGGCUGCACUCUGGCUGCUGCUGCUGGCCCUCGGUCUGCACUGCAUGGGAGCAGGUGGCUUUGUGGCUCAUGUGGAAAGCACGUGCNUGNUGGANGAUGCUGGGACCCCACAGGACUUCACAUACUGUGUUUCCUUCAACAAAGAUCUGCUGGCCUGCUGGNAUCCAGAUGUGGGAAAAAUAGUCCCCUGUGAAUUUGGGGUGCUGUAUCCAUUGGCUGAAAAUUUUUCAAGGAUCCUCAACAAAGAAGAGAGCCUUCUCCAGCGUUUGCACAAUGGGCUUCUGGACUGUGCCUCCCAGACCCAGCCCUUCUGGGAUGCGCUGACCCACAGAACGAGACCGCCAUCUGUCCGAGUAGCCCAAACCGCUCCUUUUAACACAAGGGAGCCUGUGAUGCUGGCCUGCUAUGUCUGGGGCUUCUAUCCAGCGGAUGUGACCAUCACAUGGAUGAAGAAUGGGCAGCUUGUCCCUUCCCACAGCAACAAGGAGAAGACAGCUCAGCCCAAUGGAGACUGGACAUACCAGACAGUCUCCUACUUAGCCUUAACCCCUUCCUUCGGGGACGUCUACACCUGUGUGGUUCAGCACAGUGGGACCUCUGAGCCCAUCCGCGGGGACUGGACACCCGGGCUGUCCCCCAUCCAGACAGUGAAGGUCUCUGUGUCUGCAGCCACCCUGGGCCUGGGCUUCAUCAUCUUCUGUGUUGGCUUCUUCAGAUGGCGCAAGUCUCAUUCCUCCAGCUACACUCCUCUCCCUGGAUCCACCUACCCAGAAGGACGGCAUUAGAGAGCAGAACCAGGAGCCAUGGAGAUUCAGACUUCUGAGGACUCCUUCAUGCCCCCAACAUCUUCAGGACACCCCACUUUGUUGUGUCAUACUGCCUCUAUUCAGUUCCCCUUCCUGAAGUAAAUAUUAGUAGUUUGGGGGGUAUUUAUAUUCAAGUCUGUUCCAGGUGUUUUCUGAGGUGAGCUGAAAUGAGGCACGGGUUCAAGGCCUCCUGAGAGCCCCUCCUUGUCACAGAGGGCACGGUGUUAUAGGUGAUCACUAAGAAAUAAACUGGUGGACUUAUUGAUUUCUCCCAA